AUGCGGGUGAUGAGGGUGAUUACUGCUGUGUGCCAGUGUUUGGUUUGGGUCCCGCUGGGGGAGGAUCUCAGCCUCGGGUCACAGGAAGUGGGCAGGACGGUCCCCCGCAGUGAGGCUAUGUGGGACCUGGACCUGGGCAUGGACCUAGAGCUACACCUAGAUAGCACUGGACCUAGAGCUGAGUCUCAGUCUGUGGUGCUACAGACAGAGUUCCUCUUUGAUUCUGCUGCUGGACUUUCACUGUGGCUCUGGAAAAACCCGGGUCUGGAUCAGACUUGGAAUCAGGGACCAGGUCUCUGUCACAGACCAUAUGUGACAUCACUCAUCCCUGGUGUUUAG